AGGUCGCUCUUUGGCGAAAUUUACCAUGGGCAAAGUAUGAUAAAUUUCUACAAAUUUCUUUGUUGUUUGUGCUUCAAAAUUUGAAAAAUAUACAACACGCAGAUGUACGAAAAAUCAUUCGCCAUAUUUUAAUGCAUUUAUGGUACGAAUUUUUUGAUUUGGGGGCUUGAAAAGGACACAUAUUCUUCACCUACUGCAGACAAGUGCCGAUUGGGGUAAAAAUGUGUACCGAACAUACAAAGAUGGCUGUCAGAAAGAAGGACGGAGGUGCUGAUUUCAAGUUUUUCGAGUCAGCCGAAACAAUUUCACAGCUAGAUAAUGUGAAAUCGUGGCUACAAAGGAACUGCAAGAGGUGGAUUCAAGCAGAACCACCGACCAAUAAGGGACUCGCUACUCUGCUUGGUCAGCUUCUUCAGUUCCAGGAAGAUGCAUUUGGGCGUCACGUCAGCAACCCUGCACUUACAAGGUUACCAAUGAGAUGCUUCAUGGACUUUAAGUCUGGUGGCGGACUCUGCAACAUUCUGAUGGCCGUCUACAAGUUUAAAAGUGACCAAGGAUGGAGGCGUUUUGACUUCCAAUCCCCAUCUCGAGUCGACCGCAACGUGGAGAUGUUCAUGAGUAUUGAGAAGAAUCUUCUUCAGAAUCGUUGUUUCUCUUUGCCAGUCGUCUACAUCCAGGAUGAGGUGGACCCUAAGAUGACGGCCAAACUCAAAGACAUCAUCAAAAGACACCAGGGAACUGUGACUACUGAGGAUAUUGAACUAGCAACACACAUAGUGUAUGGACCACCCCCAUCAUUGAGUGAAGGAGAGGAAUACAUACGCCCAGUACAGCGACGAGAGAAGUCUAUGUUAGUUCAUUGGUGCUAUUAUCCCGACAGCUACGAUACAUGGGUACCAGCAGCGGAUAUCCAUGGUGACCCAGAACCAGGGGUAACUUAUGAUGGGCCUUGGGAAGUAAAUGCUAAGUGGGUGCUUGACUUGGAGGAGUUCAACGAGUGGAUGAAUGAAGAAGAUUAUGAAAUAUAUGAAGAUGGUGAUGCAAAGGAAGUCGUUAAUAUUGGAUCUGGGAACAUGAGGAGAAAAGUCUACCCAACGAAGCAAGUGUCAGAUGAGCAUGCGCACAGUCCGGAUGUUGACAGGAGAGAAAAGCGAGGAGCUGCCGGGAAGAAGAGAAAACGAUCUCCAUCUCCAACCUCAGACAAGAGGAAAAAGAAACCAGGACGGAGUCCUGCUCCUAUUAUGAAGAAACGGAUCCCAAGAGAUGAGGAGCCUGAAGAUCUGACUAAAGACAUGGAUAAUCCUUCAGUCAUACCAGCUGUAGAAGAGGUCCAACUACCUAAGAUAGUUUCAAGUCGAAGUGGUCGUGACACAGAGUUACAGCCAAUCAAAGGAGGAUCCUUACAGGAGAUGGAUGAUCUACAAGAUGAAUCUCAAGAUAAGUUGAAUGGUGAACCAGCAGCCUUAGUGACAGGUGCAGAGCUAGAAGAGAAAGAGAAACAAACCCCAGACACUCAGGAAGAACAAGUGACUGAACAAACCCACCACAUCAUCGUACCAAGCUACUCUGCAUGGUUUGAUUAUAACAGUCUCCAUGCCAUCGAAAGAAGAGCACUACCAGAGUUCUUCAACGGCAAGAAUAAAUCCAAGUCUCCUGAAGUAUUCAUGGCAUAUCGUAACUUCAUGAUUGACACAUACCGCCUGAACCCAACGGAGUAUCUCACCUUCACAGCGUGUCGAAGGAACCUUGCCGGAGAUGUGUGUGCUAUUAUGAGGGUUCAUGCAUUCCUUGAGCAGUGGGGUCUCGUCAACUACCAGGUAGAUGCUGAGAAUCGUGCAGCACCUAUGGGUCCUCCACCUACAUCUCACUUCCAUGUAUUAGCUGAUACCCCAUCAGGUUUACAACCCAUGCAACCUGCCAAACCACAGCAGUCUGCCUCUCAACAAGUUGCUACCCUUGGAGAAAAGGGCUCAAACAAAGACGCUAAACCUAGUGACUUGCAAAACUUUGGCCUUAGGAGUGAUCUGUAUGCCUCCAAAAAACAACAUGCUAAGGGUAAAUCCGCCUCAGCCAGCGUGACUAAAGACUGGACGGAUCAAGAAACACUUCUUCUCCUAGAAGCUCUUGAGAUGUAUCGAGAUGAUUGGAAUAAGGUCUCGGAGCAUGUCGGCUCAAGGACUCAAGAUGAAUGCAUCUUACACUUCUUGAGACUUCCUAUUGAGGAUAGUUACUUGGAAGAUGGACCUAAUGCUCUAGGACCUCUAAGCUACCAACCUAUCCCCUUCAGUCAGUCUGGUAACCCGUUAAUGAGCACAGUUGCUUUCCUUGCAUCAGCAGUUGAUCCAAGGGUAGCUAGUGCAGCAGCAAAAGCAGCUAUUGAGGAGUUUAGCAAGAUGAAAGAGGAGGUCCCUACAGCUCUAGUCCAGACCCAUAUCAAGCGUAUCGAAGACUCUGCCCGAGCCGGUAUGAAUACAGAUAAUCAUCUUCUUGAUGCUAGCGGUAUCGCUGGAACCAUCCCAGAGCCUGAGAGACAAGAGGAGGGAGGAGAGGGAGCUAAAACAGAUGGAGUAGAAGGAGGUAACGAGGCAGCUGGGACCAACAAAGAAACCACUGAUAAGGAGGUCAGAAUAAAAGAAGAAGCUCAGUCAUCCGAUGAGAAAGACAAAGAUUCAGCUGAGCCAAUGGAGACAUCUACUCCUCAGAAAACACCAUCUGAAGAAGAUAGAGAGAAGAAAGAUGAGGAGGAAGAAACGAUGGAGACUGGCGAGACAAAAACAGAGCCAGUAUCACAAGAAGCAAAGGAGACGAGCAAAGAUGAUUCCCAAGAAGCAGUGGGUGAACCGAAGAGUGAAGAAGCAUCUAAGGAGGAUGACAAGAUGGGAGAGGAUGGAGAGAAGACUGAAGACAAAGACACAGCAGACAAGAUUCCUAAAGAGAAACCUGAAGCAGUUAAGAAACAUGAAGCUGAGAUACCUGAAGGGAACGUUACUACGGCUGCUGCUGCAUCCUUGGCUGCUGCUGCUGUCAAAGCAAAGCACUUGGCAGCAGUUGAAGAACGCAAGAUCAAGAGCCUCGUGGCCCUCCUCGUUGAGACUCAGAUGAAGAAACUUGAGAUUAAAUUACGGCACUUUGAAGAGCUUGAGACCAUCAUGGACCGAGAGAGGGAAGCGCUGGAAUACCAACGGCAGCAACUCCUGGCCGACAGACAACAAUUCCAUCAGGAGCAGUUGAGGGCAGCAGAGAUGCGCGCUCGUCAACAUGCGCAGGCAAUGGCCGCCAUGCAGCAAGCUGCUACAGGAGGGCCAGCACCAGCUACUGCCACACCUAGCUUACCACAACUCACAGGUACCCCACAGGUACCCACCAGCACUAACCCUACAGGCGUCGUAGUAGCCCAGCCUACUGUCCCUCAGCCUGAACAAGCAGCUAUACCCCAGGAAGAGACGGUUACCCCCGAGGGCCCUGGUGGAGAUGCUGAUACCCAGAGAGAUCAAGAGGAACCUCCUAAGAAAUCAGAGAGUGAGGAGCAACCGGUGGAGGGAGGACAAGAUGAGGAGAGCAUGGAUACUGGUGAAACCCCAGUAGAGCCAGUUCCUCCAGUGCAGACUCAAUCAACCGCUGCUCAGAAUCCUGCUAUUGUUGCUGCAGUAACAGGGACAUCCUUACCCCCUACAUCAGUAGGAAGUGAUAGCACUCUUACACAGAGCCCAAUGCAAGAGUCCAAUAGUCAAGAUGGUGAUGCCAGCAACACAGGAAGUCACAUAGAGAGUACAGGGAGUGAAGCCAUGAGCAACCAGUCACCAACUACUGCAUCUCCAGCUUCAUAAUAAUGGAUUCACCACAUUGCAACUUUCCAUUGUGUCAUCACUACAUCCUCAUUUCCAUUGUAAUUUAUCACAACCCUUGCAUGGAUCAAUCAAGCCAGAGACAUUGGCUACGGCUGCGGCUAGCAUACUGUGAUUCCUAAAUUGCAUGCCUAAAUUGAUGGCUACGUCUAUGCUUGUUCGCCACGUCAUGCGUCUAGCACUCUAGCUGUAGCCACAGCCAAUAAUUCUAAUUAUGUUGUCAGGGGAAAUGUUAGGUGACUGUGAGAAUGAGGGUGACUUUGUAAUAUCUGAUCACAGUAUCUUGAACAUAAACUUUUGUUUGAUUUAGUUUCAGUUUUGUGGUAUUGUUUUAGUUUAAAAGGUAUCUUUCGUUUUCUUGUAAAUAAAGUUGUUAUAAUAUACCGUGCCCAAUAUGUGGCAUAGGAUGGUGAGUGUUACCGCCCCCUCCCAAUUGUUCCCAUACAUUAAUACACUCUUUGCCUCCUGUACAGAAGUACCCCCCCCCCAGGAUCCUCUUUAGAAUUUCUAAGAUUUCGAGAACAUAAAAGCAGGAGGGGACGCUCCAUGCCACAUAUCGAGCACCAAAUGUGUUAGACACUUCAUAUUUUUGGGUUAGAACAUAGCCAAUAUGCAAAACUGAGGACCUUGCAGAGUACGAUGUUGCUGAACACAUCUAGUGUGUGGAUACGAUAAGAAGAAGAAGAAUAUAGGCAAAUUAACUGGAGCGGGAAUAGCACCAAUGGUCUCCGCAUUAACAUACCAUUGGUCUCAGUUUAUUUGUCAUCUUUGUUCAAACCCAAAACUAUUUUAAAAUGUACUUGGUCAGUUUCUCUUGUGAUUUAUUACUAGACACUCUAAACUUGUGAGAUCAUGCGCUAAACUCUAUCUCUAAGAUGUGGUUCUUAUUUUUCAGUUUACAGAAUUUCACUAUUUUCAUACAAUGUUGUUUUACAUUCCUUCCUUUACAGGAUAGAUCUAAUAUCACAGUAACAGUCAUCUUGAUGUCUUCACAUGUAAACCUUAAAGGUUGUGAGAGAGGCUGGCUGGGGAAUAGCCUAGGCCCAAUUUCAUAAAGCCUGUAAGCACAAAAAGUUGCUUAGCACAAAACAACGUAUGCAUAGCAAAAACAGCUUACCAGCCAGAACACCACACAGUUACCAUUGCUACGAUGGGUACCUCGGCCAUUUCUUGCUUACAAGAAACUUGAUAAGUCGAAUUUUCUGCUUAACAGCUUUUGAAACGGGGCCCUGGUCCCUUUUGGUGUAUAAUGAAAUCUUAACUGCAUACACAGGGCACAAGACAAGCAGAACUACUGUUUGGAAAAUGGAAAUAAGAUAAAUUGGAUGUGUUUGGUAAUCACACAAAUGUAAAUGUACAUAAGUAGAGGAUUUCUUUAGGUUUUAAUUGUAACUCAAACUUUUCUGUCCAUGGUAUUGAUCCAAUUCACUUGGGCUUAAUUUCCUGUAAGUAUAAAAACUUGCUAAGCACAGCAAAUCUUGCUUAACAGAAACUGGUUACCAGUCGAAAUUCCAUAAAGUAUACAUUGUUGCAACUGGUGCCGCUCUGGUUGUUUGCUUAGCAAAGAAAUGUGCAUUUAUCUAGGGAAAGCCAGGCAUUGAUGUCAAAUCUUUCUAUAAUAUUUAAACAUGAUUAUCAUUUUUCUACAACAUUUGAAAUUCUGUUAAUGCAAGCUCAAAGCUGUCUUAUUUAUUAAGUUUGGAGGAAAUCUCAACGAUACGAUACCUAUGUUCUUGGUGUUGGGUUUCAUUUCUUUGGCUCAUACUGUCAGAUUAUAAAGUCGAUAUUGGACUCGCCCUAAAUGUCCUUCAAAUGGGAACCAUUAUGUUUGUUCUACUCCAGUAGGGGGAUACUUUGUACCCCGAUCGGGGUGUUCCUCUCCCAUUGGGGAUAUUACUUAUCCCCAAUUUUUGAAAACCGAAAGUCUCAACAAUUUUUGCCUUAAUUUUGCUUCAAUAUUGUCUUUAUAAUUUGUCUGAGCUGAUAGCUGAAGGAAUGCUUUCUCUAAAUCGGUCUUUGCGAUUGAGUCAAAAUGAUGUCCAAUUUCUAGCCUCUUUCAUACAAGUCAUCUUACAUGUAAUUAAAUGCUCUUGUUAUUGGAA